AUGGAACCAACAGAGUACCAAUUUUGGUGUUGUCAAUGUAAAAGGAAUGAAAUAGACGAUGUUGCAAGGAUCAGCAACAAUAAUAAUAAUAAUAAUGAUAAUAAUAAUAAUUCAUCAAUGUCCAAUGGCAUUGUGGUUACUCAGCAACCAUUUUCCAACAAUGAAAAUAACUGUAGUUACGAUGAUUUAAGCUUUUCCAAUACUGUUUCUGAAAUCAAAAGUGGUUUCAACGAACAAAAGCAUAAAUUAGACGAUGAUAGUGAAAUGAGAAUCGAAAUGAGAAGACUGAAAGAAGAAAGUACUAAUAUAACAAGUAUUUUACUGGAUAAUCUUAUCAGUGAACCAAAUAAAAUAAAUCCAGCAGAAGAAGUGACAACGAAUGAUCAAGAGGAAAUAAAAAAAUUUCCCAAACAACAAGAUUCAAUUGGCAGCGUGUAUAAUAUGGAAGAUAUUGUCCUUUCGGAUGUGGAUGAAGAAGAUCUGUGGGAAUUUCCUACUGACAAUAAGCAAAUAACAAGAAUUGGUGAUGAUCACAAAGAGCAAGUUGUCCAUCAUAAUUUGGAUCAUAUUGCUAAUUGUGAUAAGAAAGAAGAAUUCAAGGAAACGAAUGAUGUUUCAAAUGUUUUUGGUAAUGCUGAACACACUUCAGAAUUAGAAUCAUUUCAAGAAAAUUCCAACCACACCAAAAUACUCGAUAUUAGGCUAAAUGAAGCCACAUUUUUGCACAACGUUGUUAGAGCCAAUGAUUCUGAAAAAAAUAUCGACACUUUUAGUAAAUCCACAAAUAGUUUAAUCAGUUUUACCAAUCGAAAACUAUCAACCAAUAGUAAUGAAAGGGAUGAUCUCUCAAUGAUUUGUAUUCUCGAUGAUGAUCUCGUAAUGAAGAAAGAAAAUGCUCAAAAUAGCAACAUUUCAAUGGAAACUGAAUGCAAAAAUGUAUCGGUCUUAGAACAUGAUGACACUGAAGCAAUUAUACAAUCAAAUAAAAUGUAUGCUAAUGAUGUGUCAAGUUCAUCAUCAACUGAUAGGGAGGAUGUACCCGAAACAAUCAUAUCAAUCAAAAAUUCUGAGAAAAUUCUCAAUAUCUCAAAGAAAUCCGUUAGAACGGAUAUUUCGACAACGAAAUACACGAAUGCAAAAGAUGAUAAUACUACAGAUGAUGAUAAUAGACUAAUAAUCAAAUAUAAAAAUGCCCCAAAAAAUAAUGAUAGUAUAAAAAUGUUCACUGAUGAUAUAUUAAUGGAAAAUUAUCGAACGCAGAAAGCAUCACGUCGUACGUUAGAUCAUAUCAAACAACUUAUCACCCUGAAAGCACAAAGACAGAUCGGAAACAUUGAUGAUACAGCAUUAGCUGAUCAAAUAAUAUUACAACGAAAGAAUCCUGAAUCAAGACAAAAUCAUGAUGAAUUAUCAAUUAACGAUCCGGAUGCAUACUAUCAAGGUGAUAUUGAUUUAUCGGAAAAACAAGCCGAAUUGCUAAGCAAACAUUUUAAAAAUGAAAUUGUUUUGAAGGAAAAAGGCGAUGAAAUUACACGCCAAAAAAGAAGCAUUGGCAUUGAACCGUUUUAUGUGCGUUGGGAUCGUAAGCAUCCAAUCAGCUAUGAUUUUGCGGAAACAAUUCCACUAGAAACGCGUGCAAAAAUUCGCGCAGCAAUGAAAAUGUGGGAAGAACGAACGUGCAUACGUUUCCAAGAAAAUGGUCCAAAUGUGGAUCGAAUUGAAUUUUUCGAUGGUGGCGGAUGUUCAAGUUUUGUCGGCCGAACAGGAGGCACGCAAGGAAUUUCAAUUUCAACACCGGGAUGUGAUAUUAUUGGUAUUAUAUCACACGAAAUUGGUCAUACCUUGGGAAUAUUUCAUGAACAAGCACGUCUUGAUCAGAAAAAUCAUAUUUUUAUUAAUUACAACAAUAUUCCAUUAAACCGUUGGAAUAAUUUUUUCCCAUUAUCACAAUAUGAAGCCGAUAUGUUUAAUUUACCGUAUGAUACUGGAUCAGUAAUGCAUUAUGGACCAUAUGGAUUUGCAGCAGAUCCAUACGUGCCAGCUAUUACAACACGUGAUAAAUUUCACCAAUAUACAAUUGGACAACGUGAAGGACCAUCAUUUUUGGAUUAUGCAGCUGUUAAGCUUUAUCUAACAACCGCAUUAAUGAUAUUGUCAUCAAAUGGCUGA